AUGUUUCUAGCGUUCACCCGCGUUCCUGAAGAGAUUAAUUUACGUGGUCCCUUGGCUCUGGAAGCCUAUAACAAGGCUCUUAAUGAAGGAAAAACUCGUUUCAAGAGGUUGCCGAUCAUGGUGAUUGGACAAGAUCGCUCCGGAAAAACCAGCCUUAAGAAUUCGAUGAUGGGAAAACCCUUCAACCCAGACGAAGACAGCACAGUGGGGAUAGAUGCUGGACCCUCACAUUUCAAUGUCUCUAGUGAUAUUUGCAUGCCAGGUGAGAAUAACGUGAACAAUCAAGCAAAGAUUGAUUUCAGAGAAGCCCUCUCUUUUGAGCACCACAUGGCUCGUUUAGUCGUUGGAGGUUUAACUCCCAGAAACAUUGAUUCAAAGGAGAAUUUGCUGUCAAAGGAGGCAAAAAUUGCAUCAUCACGUGUGGCAUCAAAAAAUGCAGCAGAAUCUGUUCAAGAAUCUGGUGCAUAUUCUGUAGCUUGCCAAGAAGAAAAGAACUAUGUAGUCAAGAUACCAGAUGAGGUAGCAGAGAGGAUAAAAAACUUACUAAAGAAAGUUGGGAAAGAGAGAGUUGGAGACGAUGCGGAAAUGUAUUCAAUUGUUUGGGAUUUUGCUGGACAACCUGUCUACUAUGCAACGCAUCCACUUUUCCUCACACAAAGAGCAGUGUACCUGUUAGUUUUUGACCUCAGCCGAGGUCUUCAUGAAAGAGCCGAUCCCACCGUAAAGCAAGGAAUGUACAGCAUGAUUUUAGACAAUCAUGAUUGUAAAAGUAACCUAGACUACCUGGAUUUCUGGAUGACAUGGGUUUCCUCAAUAGCCAAUCAAGAUGAAAACCAGCAGAUACGUUUGGGACAAUCACCGAUUAAUACUCCCCCUGUGUUCCUUGUUUGUACUCAUGCUGAUGAACCUUGUGGUGGGGCAGAUCCAUUUGUGCUAGCGCGUGAAGUGUUUGGUUCCUUGAAGACCAGGCCUUACAAAAACCAAUUGUAUAAAGACGUGUUUGUCGUGGAUAACACAAAGUCAGGGAGUAAAUCAGAGUGUCCAGAAGUCAAGCGUUUGUGGGAAAAAGUCGUUGCUGUUGCUAAGGAGCUACCACAGAUGAAAGAAGACUACCCAAUAAAGUGGCUAAGAUUCGAAAAGGCUCUUCAAACCAAAGUAAAAGAUGGGAAAAAGUGGAUUUCUCUGGAAGGUACAAAACAGAUUGCGUCCAAAAUGUGUCACAUUGAGGAUGAUCGGGAAUUUACAACACUGCUGAACUUUCUACAUGACCAGAGAAUCUUGAUUCAUUUUGACAGUUCUCCACUUUUGAAUAAUAUGGUCAUCUUGGAUCCCCAGUGGCUGGUCGACUUGUUUACGUCGGUGAUAACCGUCAAGCCCGGUCCCUAUGACGGAAAAGAAACAGAAUUGUGGAGAAGGCUGCAGACAGAGGGCAUUAUGGAGUAUAAACUUUUGGAACUUAUGUGGGAUCCUUUAUCAAUUCCAAAAGAAAUGUUUCCGAGCCUUCUAGAAAUCAUGGAGAAAUUCAGCUUGCUUUGUCCUUGGCCAUCAUCAGAUGCUUCAUGUGGCAAGCAGUAUCUCGUGCCCUCCAUGCUAAUGUCUCAUCCACCAAGGGAUAUUAUCAAAUUGAUAGCCUCCGCACAAAUUCCAUCCUUUUAUAUUAGGUUCGAAUCUGGGCAGGUUCCUCCAGGCUUUUUUCCCCGACUUGUGUUGCAGUUUUUUCAGUGGGGCCAAGACGAAUUUUGGAGGAAAGAGAAUCCUCAAUUGUACGCUAAUUUUGCGCGGUUUUACACCUCUGCAGAUGACGACUGCUCUGUAAUUCUUCUGUGCCAUUCAUCGUGUAUUGAAGUUGUGGUUCACAGAGGAAACCUGUGUACAAACCUGACAGAAUGUUUACAGUCUAAGCUGAACCUGUCUGCAGUUCCCAACUAUGAUGGAUUUGAAGGGGCCUGUGCUCGUGCUGUGCGAAGACAACUGGUGUUGAUGCUUGAGUGCAUGCGAGAAGAAUUCUUUUGGUUUAAGAAUAUGAAAUAUAAAGUAGGUGUCAUCUGCCCCGUUUGUUGCCAAGAACGUAAAGCUAAUUACUGCUGCAAACAUCACAAGCAGUGGUGGUGUGAGCAAGAGGAAUGUCUGCACUUCGUAUCUGAGUCUGAUUUGCGCAAGGCCAAAGAUUUCAUCAGGUGUCGCAGAUGUCCUACUGCAGAAAUUGACAAAGUUCACGUCAAACGGUUUGCACCUUGGUUUCAAACUUCCGAUGAACAGGUGAAUAGACUCUUACUCUUGCUGUAAUACAUUUACUACCAAACCCGGUUAUAUUUUAUCUAUUCCUUUAGCGGCAGUUGGUUAUCCCAGACACUCAAAUCAAACACUCUCACUUUGUUAAACCUCAGUAUUUUCUCACGAGAGCAAUGAUGAGAAACCCGUAUCAAGUGGUCCCCAUAUUAACCGAACACGAUCGUGAUUGAGUCCUACUCUUUUCUUUCCUUAGUAACUGUAAAACCAAUCUGGUUUAAGUGGACAUCUCGAUCUAUCAGACACUGGCGAUGGUCCCGUGGGUGUACGCUUAAUACAGUUUUAGCGUUUUCUCAAUGCUCUGUUGGUUAAGACCGCAGGAGAUCACCGGCACGUGUUUCUUUACAAGUAAAGCAGAAAUAGGCCCUUUGAAGCUAGGUGACUUUCAGUACACUACCACCCCCCUUCCCCACCCCUUCGCCUGCCCACAAGGCAACAAACGGUCCAUAAGAUAGCGUUCAGAGCACCUAAAAUCGACCUUGUUUAAUUCUCUCUUCCGUCUUUGUUACAGGUUAUAGCUGACGAAAGUGAGCCAAGACCUUCAGCUUCUGGAGGAGGUAAGAAUGCCACACUAAUAGGCUGGAUGGAUAAUGUAAACGAGUGAACUAAGUUAUUCGUGUAAUUAAAACCAUUCAGACAAAAAUAUUCGUCUCUUGGAGAUAUCUUAAUCUACCUCUAGCAUACCCUGGUAGUUAAUUAAUCUUUAUUCUGCAAACUUGGUAGCCUUCGAAAUGACUAGAGUUCCCCAAACAAACCACUCUGUCCUUGCCGAGGAUAGCGUACAAGCGCCUGUGCUUUAUUUACCAAGUCUAAAUGCUGAAAGUCGAACAUGAAGUUGUAAAAAAUCAUUGCCUUUCGCAGGAAUUGAUGAAAAAUUGCUUGUACUUCCAAGCAAGGCUAUAGAAACACUCAUGUCGCAGUCGUGUGACUCCAGAGAGGUAGUACUUCAACUGAAAGACUGUUUGAAAUUGGAUGAAGUUUCCUUAGAAAAUCCAGACCCUGAGACCAAACGAUUGAUUCGUUGCCUUGCAAAUAAAGCAAAACAGUCCAACAGACUUGACGUGGUUAGAGAAUUGAGAGAGGUUACACCAGCUGGAACUACAGGUAUAAAGUUUGUUGCGGGGGUUAAUGUAAGUUAAUGUAAGUACGGACGCAGAGAAUAUUUUGGAUUGGUAGGGAAAGCUCGCGCAUAGUGCGAGUUCAGCGAGUGCGGAAGGCACGAGGUUAUUUAGGGGAGUCCAGGCAUGCUUCUCCGGAAAUUAUUGAAAUUAAGACUUUUUCUGAAAUCACCGGAAAUGCGUUUAUUUCUAUCAGUCCUGAGAAAAUUUGGUAAAAUGUUUAUCACCAUUCUGUAAGUUUUCUGCACAAAAACGUAUAUUUAGUAGUAAAAUGUGUUUAAGAUUAGAAGUACUUUUGCAAAUGCAGAAGGCCCACCAGCCCCAUAGCUCCCUGAUCCCUCGACCUGCUUAAUAACAUAUUGUUCAUGAGCAACGCACAGGUCAGGAUUUAAAGAGGCGAUGAUGAAGCUCGCGGGAUAAGGAAUAGAUCUCACACACGAAAAAUUUUCUGAAACAUUUCCGUACGAACGAUAGCACAGUCCGAACAUUUUACUGUCCGUGGAUUUUUGAAUGAGGCGUAUGCAAUAUCGGCGGUAUAGACUGUAGUUUAGAGCAGUUGCUCAAAUCAGUAAUAGCUUCACUGUAGCUCACUGUGUUUCUUUUCUUGGCGUUGUGUUCAAAUAAUCAAUCUUCUAAACAAGGCGGGCCAAAAUUUUCAAGAAAAAAACAAAAUGUCCUUAAAAAAUGUACGAAAGUUGUUUUUCACACAGUUUUUGUCUCUAAAGUGAAUUCCUCUAUCAAGUUCCUUCAUUUUCUUAAUUUCUUUCAGCCCUGCACCUAUCUGUUGCCCUUUUUGACAUCACUCUCUUUCCUACAGGUCCUUUGUUGCCCGAGUGCCUUGAUGUUCGAAAUGUACCUUCUCCUCAGAUGCAGCGUCUUACAGUUCAUUUAAGCGGUGAUUGUCAUUUAUGUUGUGACAGGUUGAUCAGUAAUUCACAUUUGUAGAAUUAUAUGACAGCUCAGACUGGUCACAGAGAAAUAAUUUUCGUUAUGACUCCUGCGAGCUCUGUGAAUGAAUGUACUAUACUACGCUAUCUUUUAAAUCUCACUUUAAAUUGCAUCUUGCAUCUAAAACCGAGGGUAUUUCUACGAUAUUACACCUUUCACGCCUAUAUCCACAACACUUUAACAAUGUUAAGACGUAAUUUUUUUAUCUUCAAUAAGGGGACAGAUAGAUGAAAAAAAAACUGCCGGUAAUAAGUUUGGCGGAAAAAAUGAACGCACAUAAUCGUAUUCUUUACAGUCAAGGCAGGUCAAGCAUACCCCCCAAGAUUCUAUUAAUAAAAUAAAUAUUUGAAAAAUGAAUCCGUUAGUCGUUCCCGUAACUAGUGUGAAAUUCAAAUCGGCAUUCCUGCAUGCGCAAUGAGCAGUGGAUAUUUUACGAGAACUUCCCUAUAUUUGGUCAGAUCUAACGUCUUUGAAUGGAUUUAAAAAUUUCUUAGAAGACAUUUACAUCAAAUUCAGGGAAACUGAACUGGUAGAAAUUUCGUAACUGAAUAGCGUGUGAAUUCACGGCUCAUUACGGAUGCAAGAAUGCACACAGAGAUGAAUCUGAAAUCUACAACUACCGACGGAUUCAACUUUCGAAUAAUUAACGCAUUAAUGAGAUCUUGAGGGAUACGCGUAGACUACGAGUAGUCCCCCAAUUUUCCUCAGGGAUAGUAGAGCGAGCGAAACUCGGGCGCGCGUGAAAAUCAACCCACGCGGGAAAAGGCUACACGCCGGGUGUCGCCUUUUCUCGCAUGGGGUGAUUUUCACGCGCGCUCGCGUUUCGCUCGCUCUACUCUCCCUGAGGAAAAAUGGGGGACUACUCGUAGUCUAGGGUACGCGUGACCUGGCUUGACUGUAAAAGUGAAAUAUGAUAUUCGUUUUUGUAGGAGGAGAAGAGUGGAAGCCGCUUGCUGAGAAACUGGGCUUGGCGCCACAUGAGAUUCGUUACCUGGAUACCCGGAUACAGAACCCGUGUGAGGCCGCUAUUGCGUUUAUAUCUCAACAGCGAUACCUCAAUGUGGGUGCACUGUACGACAUGAUGAUAGAGUGUAGGAUGCCUGUCUUUGCAGACCUACUAUGA